CACCGUGUUCUUAACUAGUUCAGUGAAGCGAGCCAUGGUUUUCAGGAUCGCCACCAUGUCCUCUCUUCUGGUCGUCCUCGUCGUGCUGCUGCUCUCACGUAGCGGCACGGGUGACGCGGCGCGGCACCUGGCGGAGUACCCGCAGGCAGCGCCACUGCCCAAACCCGACGUGCUGCCGAAGCCUGAACCGGCCGCGCCGCUGCCUAGCGCACCAGAGGUGCUGCCCAAGCCUGAGCUGCCGGGCCCUCUGCCCACGCCAGAGGUGCUGCCAAAGCCGGAGCUACCGCCGCUGCCCAUACCGGAGGUGGCACCGACGUUGCCGGGGGAUCCGUUUCUGCCCCUGCCUGAUGUGGAACCGAAGCCGGAGCUGCCACCACUGCCCAUUGGUGAGAUCCCACCUGUGCCGGUGUUGCCUCCACUCCCGGUAGGCGAGCUUCCACCGGAGCCUGUGCUGCCACCACUCCCGAUAGGUGAGCUUCCACCGAAGCCGGAGCCCGAACUGCCACCAAAGACGGAAGAGCCACCCAAGCCUGUGUUGCCGCCACUCCCAACAGGUGAGCUUCCACCGAAGCCGGAGCCCGAACUGCCACCGAAGACGGAGGAGCCACCGAAGCCGGUGUUGCCGCCACUACCGGCAGGCGAGCUUCCACCGAAGCCGGAGCCCGAACUGCCACCGAAGACGGAGGAGCCACCGAAGCCGGUGAUGCCGCCACUACCCGCAGGCGAGCUUCCACCGAAACCAGAGCCCAAGCUGCCACCGAAGACCGAGGAGCCACCAAAGCCGGUGUUGCCGCCACUACCCGCAGACGAGCUUCCACCAAAACCAGAGCCCAAGCUGCCACCCAAGACCGAGGAGCCACCAAAGCCGGUGUUGCCGCCACUACCCGCAGGCGAGCUUCCACCGAAGCCAGAGCCAGAGCUGCCACCCAAGACAAAGGAGCCACCGAAGCCGGUGUUGCCGCCGCUUCCCACAGGUGAUCUUCCACCGAAGCCAGAGCCAGAGCUGCCACCCAAGACAGAAGAACCGCCCAAGCUAGUGGUUCCGCCACUCCCGGCUGGUGAGCUUCCACCGAAGCCGGAGCCUGAACUGCCACCAAAGACAGAAGAGCCACCGAAGCCGGUGCUUCCACCACUCCCGGCAGGCGAACUUCCACCAAAGCCUGAGCCCGAGCUACCACCGAAGCCAGUAUUGCCGCCACUCCCAUCAGGUGAACUUCCACCAAAGCCAGAGCCUGAAUUGCCACCGAAGAAAGAAGAGCCACCGAAGCCGGUACUUUCGCCACCCCUGGCAUGCGAGCUUUCACCAAAGCCACAGCCAGAGCUGCCACCGAAGAAAGAAGAGCCACCGAAGCCCGUGCUUCUGCCACCCCCGGCAGGUGAGCUUCCACCGAAGCCACAACCCGAGUUACCACCGAAGAAAGAAGAGCCGCCCAAGCCGGAGCUACCACCACUGCCACCCGGUGAGCUUCCACCCAAGCCCGAGGCGGAGUUUCCACCAAAACCAUGAUGCGUUCAACCACCGAGGUUUCCAUGCCUCAUGAUAUGUUGGGGUAUUCAUAUGCAUACAUGUGUUCAUAUUCAUCCGUUUGAUCUGCACUUGACUGUUGCCGUGAACUAGUUCACACAUACAUACUGUUUUCAGAGGUUUUCUUGAUCAUUUCCUUGUAUAUACGUGUCUAAUAAAUGGAUUUCCGUCCAUAUGUAUAUAUAAAUUUCU